AUGUUUGCAACAACAUUUUGGCCAAAAGAUAAUAAAGGAAGUGAAAAGUUUCGUUCUUUAUUUGCUUUACAAGGAAUGGGCAAGCUUUACAGGCGAGGGACGAGAGCAAUGAGUGAUCUUGUUGUUGCUCAUGUAAUGGAAGAGACUAAGGAAGCUGAGUUUAGGCUCUUUUUAAGAGUCUUGCAUCGGUCAGGUCUCACAGCAAGAGCUGAUGUUGUUUUUGUUUUUCCUUUUUCGUUAUUUGCUUCCAGAUUUGAAUCACUGAUUCAAGAAGAGAAUGACUUGUUCUUGAGCCUGGUUAAUUAUUAUAAACAAUUGAAAAGAACGAGUCAUGACGCGGUGUCGGCGACGAGUUUUGAUGUGUCUCAGUUUUUGAGGAGUGGAAAGAAGCAGAUGGGAGAGCCUCUGUGGGGGAAGAGAAUUAGAGGUAACGGUAAUGGAAAUUUCAGUGAAUCGGGAAGGGGUGAAGGCGAGUCGACUCGGUUGAGCUAUGGCUCUGUGGUGGGUUUUGAAGCGAGCGAACUUGACCCGGAAAACUCACUUGCUGGGUUUUUAGACCAUGUGCCAAUGAGUUUGAGAAGAUGGGCUUGCUAUCCGAUGUUACUUGGUCGAGUUAGGAGGAAUUUUAGGCACGUAAUGUUGGUGGACGUGAAAAAUUUGGUACUAUUCAGUGACCCACUCGGCCGAAUCAGGAACCGGAGUCCAGAGUCGGUGUAUAUUAGCACAAAACAAGAAAGCUGUUCAAGCAAGCAUAGUAGGAAAAACUCGGAGAAAACUCAGUCUCAUUGUCAAGUCAACUCAGCGAUUUUGAUGGGUGGAGCAAGGGGAAUCCGGAGGUUGUCUAAUGCAAUGUUAACAGAAAUUGCUCGAGUUGCGAUGCAACACAAGAAGAAGAGCUCAGUCACCGAGUCAGGGAUUUUAAGUCAACUGGUGGGGAAUGGUCAUAUAUUGAAGAACAUUGAUAUGAUUAGAUGGACUGAGUCAAUCCCGGGUAUGAGUUCACUCUCUGGAUCAAACACGUCUUUGUGGAAUAAUUAUAGAAUAAUCCAUCGUGGUGGUAAUACCAAUCAUGACAUUAAUUCAAUUAUUAUGAAGCAAAUUUGUUCACGUGAAGUAGAAUCUUCUGUUUAUAGGGAUUGUUGA